AUAGUCUGGCAGUCGUGAGCGGGCGAGAAAUUACGUCAGUCUAGACUUCUCCGAAAAAGAUGUGUUCAACAUGAAUAGCCUCGUAUAUGUUUGAAAGCGUAUAACUAUAGAACGGUAUUUUGACGGAGACAUUAACUGCCUGUCCGCAUAUUCAUCCGAUGUUAGUCGUCGCCAAUAGGACAGCUAAAUUAUGGGCUCGAGAAGAUACAUUGUAGAAAAGCGGACUCAGACAACAUUGAGACAUUGAAACGUUUAAACAAUAAUUUGGACACAGAGAUGGCGAGUGACGACCAGGUGGCCAUCUUGACGGAUGACGAGGGGUAUCAGAAGAGGAAGUAUGUCCUGGCAGAACCCUUCAACACCCUGUCCAACACCCUGGAGCAGAUACCGGUGGGCUCGGGCCCCGCCUCUGCCUCCCAAGGUCCAGAGUUUCCUCCCACAGACACACCUGACUCCCCCUCCUCCAACCCCAGUAAUGACUGCCUGGAGAGGAACUGCGUGCGGAUCGACAACCACCUCCUCAUCUCCAAGGUCUUCUAUUUCUUCUUCUAUGCAGCCUAUGGGUCCCUACACCCACUGCUGCCUGUCUACUACAAGCAGCUGGGGAUGACUCCCAGUCAGAGCGGCCUGCUGGUCGGGAUCCGGUACUUCAUCGAAUUCUGUAGCGRCCCCUUUUGGGGGGUGGUGGCGGACCGCUUCAAGAAGGGKAAGGUGGUGCUUGUGUUCUCCGUUUUCUGCUGGCUGGUGUUCAACUGCGGCAUCGGCUUCAUCAAGCCCGCCUCCAUAACAUGCGUGGAGAGGAAACCCACAGUCGCACGCCCCACCAGCCCUGCCCACCUCGGUCUGCCGGCCAAUUACAGUAGGGUCCGCAGGGGUGUGAUUGGAGACUUGUUUUCCCUCUCUUCAAAUCAACACGGUUUAGCAUCAGACUCAGUUAGUGGCGGUCCCCUGCACAGGUACGUGAGGAGCGAUGGUGGUAAUGUCACUGGACCCAGCACUGUCCCGGGACCUGUGCCUUCCCCCACCAUCACAACAACAACAUCUUCCCCCUCCACCACCCCUACUACAACAGCCAGCUCAAAACCUGCCUCAAAUCUAACCACAACCAAACCAACCACCACAACCAUUCCGAAAGUCUACCACAUCAUCUCCAACCACGACCAGGUGGAGACCAUCUUCCUCCUGAUCCUGCUAGUCAUCAUCAUCGGCGAGUUCUUCAGCGCUCCGGCUGUGACCAUAGUGGACACGCGCACCCUGCAGUACCUGGGCCCCCACCAGGACCGCUACGGCCUGCAGAGGAUGUGGGGCUCCCUGGGCUGGGGCCUGGCCAUGCUCUGCGUGGGCAUCUGGAUCGACCACACACACAUCAAGCUCUUCAUCCAGGGCACCGGCUGCAUCUCUCCUCCUCCCCUCUCCCUCCACAGGGUGCUGUACAUCGGUCUGGCCUGCAACACGGUUCGUUACCUGUACAUCUCCUACCUGGAGAACGCCUGGAUCGUCCUGCCCAUGGAGGUCCUUCAAGGUGUGACCCAUGCCUCAGUGUGGGCAGCCUGUAUCUCCUACCUGAGUGCUGCAGUGCCUCCAGAGCUGAGGACCUCUGCCCAGGGUAUCCUCCAGGGUCUGCAUCUGGGGCUGGGCCGGGGCUGUGGGGCCAUGGUGGGGGGAGGCUUCGUCAAUGUUUUUGGAGCAGCCCACACCUUCAGAGGGAUAGGAAUGGUCUCCCUCGUCAUCCUCCUCCUCUUCGCUCUCAUCCAGUGGCUGGCUGUGCAGAGUGGGAACAAAGAUCCCAGAAUGCUGGCGGAGAACAUCCCAGUCCCCUCCAGCCCUGUUCCCAUUGCGACCAUAGACAUUAUCCAAUCAAUUAACGGAGCCGCCACAAUGACACCGCCGAGGAAGACCAAGCACCAGGAGGAUCAGGAGGACUUGAGCAAGCCUGCCUGGGUGGUGUCCGCCUCACCCUGGGUCACCCUGGCCUUCGCCCUGCACCAGAUCAGAGAGAUGGCUACCCUUGCCAGGAGCAGCCCUGCCAACAACCAUCAGACGCUGCAGGAGAUAAAUGAGAUCGGCACAGAUGAACCAACUGAGGAAACCUCCCCAUCCUUAGAACCUCCCCCCCCCUCCCAGACUGGCCCCUCUCAAGUGGGACCCGCUCUCUGACCAGGACCCCCCUACGCCUGCUGGUCAACCACCCCUCUCCACUGGCCACACACAGUAGGGGACUGGAAAGAGGGGACACGUUGCACAUUGAGGAACUGCCUUAAAAUGUUUUCCUUCCAAGCAAYACCAAGUCGAGGCCCAUGCAGAGCUGGGAAGUCCAGCUAAAAGAGUAAGGAGUAUGAUUUAUACAGACUGGACAGGAGAGAAAUACUGACCAAAAUGAAGGAGGUUGAAUUCGUCCUCCUAGCAAGACAUGUCUUAACCAGCGCCUUUAGGGUUCUGAGGAAAAACUCUUGAAUGAUCUAUUGUUACUCUGUCAAGUGGACAUCAAACGAGUACCAGAGUUGUAUUUCUUCUACUCAUCCUGGUAAUCUGGGAUCGCGGGUUGGAUUGAAUAAUGCUCCGUUUGUCUCGCUGGCCCUGGAAGUGCCUGAGCCGUGGUGCUGUUGUAGGUCGGUGAUUCACACUCCUGUAGCAGUGCCACACUGAAUCUAAAACGCUGUGUGUAAUGGCUGCUUUGCUUGAUGUGGACUGUAGAGAGGUUCCUCUCACAAGUUUAGGUGCAAAUUCAAUAGGCAAACGUUGUGGAACGUUGCAGAUAGCGAUGUUAUUAAUAUAACAGGUUUGAUUACUUAUUSAACAUGUCAGAGAGACAUGUGUUCUGCAUCACAGGAGGUUGGUGGCACCUUAAUUGGGGAGGUCGGGCUCGUGGUAAUGACUGGAGCGGAAUCAGUGGA